AUAAAUCUGUUUUGGAAAUUCCCUGAUUUUUUAAAAAUAUAAAUAAUUUGUUCAGUGCGUUUAAAUAUUGAGUGGAUUAGACAUAGACAAUAAGACACAGUUAAAUAUAAAAGAACACUGGAGCUAGGCAAUAUGUCAAGUUCAGAAUUGGAGACCUGUAUUCUUGAUUGUCCGCUAUGUUUGAAAACAUACGAAGAUCCACGAAUACUACCAUGUCAGCAUUCAGCUUGCGAAAAAUGCCUGUCCUCUUACAUCAAGCACAUAAUUGAUAAAGGGGACCAGCAAACAGGACUUCCUUGCCCGGUCUGCAACCGAAAAACAAAGUUGAGAGAUGCUUCAUCGUUCAAGAAGAGCUUAACAAUCGUCGCAUUGCUUGAUUCAAAACAUCUAAAAGCUAAGAUACAAAAGGCAUCUGCUAAGAAGAAAAGCAAUGCUAGGACAAUUGCAACGCAAACUGGUUUUGAAGAAACAUACAUUGAAUCAAAAGAUAAAGUCAAUGUGAUGAAUAAUGAAAAGGAU